AUGUCUGAGAAGAUGGCUUUGCAGAUUCCCAGAGGCCUUUGGAACACAGCUGUGAUGGUGAUGCUGAUGGUGCUGAGCACCCCGAAGAUUGAGGGCAGAGACACUCCAAAGGAUUUCGUGUUCCAGUUUAAGGGCUUGUGCUACUUCACCAACGGGACGGAGCAGGUGAGGAGUGUGACAAGAUACGUGUAUAACCGGGAGGAGUACGUGCGCUUCGACAGCGACGUGGACGAGUACAGGGCGGUGACGCCGCUGGGGCGGCCGGACGCAGAGUACUACAACAGCCAGAAGGACAUCCUGGAGCAGACGAGGGCGGAGAUAGAGACGGUGUGCAAACACAACUACCAGAACGAGAUCCUCACGACCUUGCAGCGCCGAGUGGAGCCUAUGGUGACUGUGUACCUGGCAAAGACAGAGGCCUUGAACCACCACAACCUGCUCAUCUGCUUGGUGACAGAUUUCUAUCCAAGUCAGAUCAAAGUCCAGUGGUUCCGGAAUGACCAGGAGGAGUCAGCUGGUGUUGUGUCCACUCCUAUUAUUAGGAAUGGAGAUUGGACUUACCAGAUCCAUGUGAUGCUGGAAAUUACUCCUCAGCGUGGAGAUGUCUACACCUGCCAAGUGGAGCACAUCAGCCUCCAGAGCCCCAUCACAGUGGAGUGGCGGGUACAGCCUGAAUCUGCCCAGAGCAAGAUGCUGAGUGGUAUUGGGGGCUUCAUGCUGGGACUGAUCUUCCUUGGCCUGGGCUUCAUCAUCCAUCGUAGGAGUCAGAAAGGACCUGCUGGGCCUCCAUCAACAGGUAAUAUUUCUUCUCUGAUCUGA